AUGUCCACUACCCCAGACCCCACAUGUCGUGCGGUAUCGUGUCACCAGUCGUGCACUACCAUAUACUCUUCUAUUCCCGAGUUGCUCCGGGGGUUUGCAGCUAAUGAUAGCUCAGAUGAAGAUGACCCCAACGAGUCCCGGUAUCUUGGCCAAAACAGCAUUGCUGCCUUCCUCAGUGAGGAGGCGAGGGCCGGUCAAACAUCAGGAGAUGGCGAGCAAGAUGUCAUUCGAAAAGAUAUAAUGCCCAUUUUGGGGCUGCAAAUAUCAACCUCGUCGUAUCCAUUUAUGUCCAAAGAACACAUGGACAAGGUUAAGGAAGACAUCGCUGCGGCGUUACCUUCAGAUAGAGACGUUCUAAAGACUUUCCAAAUCUACAAACAGAUAGUCCAACCCUUCUGGGGUCUUCUCAUAGAUAUCGAGGACUUCGAAUCGAAGUUGUGUAUCUACCUCGAGGACCGAAGUGCUACUGCGAAGCAUCCUGCCAAUGGCGGCAAGGGAGUCUCCUCUGCCUGGUUGGGAAUGCUGUUCGCGGUACUCGCAGUUGCAACUAAUUAUACAGAAUUGUCCUAUCACAAGCGAGUUGCUACAUCCCAAGCCUUUGUCCAGGCGUCAUUCCACUGCUUGAGGCUUUCAAACUUUUUGAUCCGCCCCUCAUUAGAAUCACUCCAGGCACUCCUAAUCCUUGGAUUUGUUCUGGCAAACGACAUGAAAGCAGAAGCAUCUUGGGCUCUGAUAGGACUCACUUGUAGACUUGCCCAAGCACUUGGACUUCAUCGAGGCCCUCAUGAAAAUGCACGGGUUCCUCAACCAACAGCCAGCGAUCUACCUAGAAGGAAGCUUUGGUGGACAAUUGUGUGGCAAGAUAGCUUACUCUCGCUUUCAUUUGACCGCUCACCCAUUGCCAUGAUGACACGAUGUCAGUUGCCACUAGGACCUACUGCGGAUGAAGGCUGGUCAUACACCGAGGCAAUGUAUCAACUUUGCUCGAAGAUCCUCGAGUCCGUGAACAACGACAGCAACGCCGAUCCGGAUUUCAAUCAGAUUAUCAAAGACUCCCAGGAAGUAGAAAAUAUCCGUCAACAAGUUUGCCCCCAAUUUCGACACAAAGAUUCUUGCAAGACUGUGCAAGAUCGGCUGCAGUAUUUUGCCGUCCGCCUUCACACUGCUUUUGUUGUGUCCGUCUUGUGCAGACCUGCUCUCCGCCGUGGAGAGAUAAUUGGAAUGGAUGUUGCGCAGAAAGAGAUGCUGGCUGCAAAAUGCAAGCAAAAUCUGACCGAGACAGUGCGCAUGUAUCUCAAAAUGCACUCCUUGAGUGUCAUUCCAACUCGGUCUUGGGCUUUCACCUACCACGGCUUAUCAUCUGCAGUGCUACUUGGCAUCCUGGGCGAGACGAAAACAGAUCCAGAAGUGAGACAGCUGCAAGGAGACCUGAUAUCAGCACUCUCAACUACAGCUGCGAGAGACCAGACUUCGAUGCAUUUACCCCAAUCCGAAAAGGAUAUCGAGUUGAGUGGUCCGCUAUCUCGUGCCCUGGCGGCAUUGAAAAACAUCUAUGACCACGGUUGGGUCGUUGAAGGACAGCCCGGGAAUAGUCUCGACCCCAACCCCGCGCAGAAUGAAAAUCAAUUUCAAUUUCAGCAACAACAAAAUGCGGCCCUUGCGAUGGCUUCAAUGCAGAAUGGCCUAUUGCCUCCCAUCGAUUAUAACCAACAACUGAUGCCGUCGGGCAUGGCUUCUCCUCAAAUCGUCGACCAGACAAUGAACAUGUCACCGAUGGAUUUGUUUGACUCUAUAUUUUGGGAUCCCUAUCCAUACAAUGGCGUAGAUGUAGAUCAGCUCGGGGGGUUUGAUUAUACGCAACCACCAUUAUACCCUCAAUUCUAA